UUCCAAGACAUAGCUUAGGGCUAAUAGACCAUUCAGAAGGGAUUCAUUUGACUAUUCUAAGAAGUUACUGGAUCUGGAACUCAUAGCUUGAUAAAUUCUCAGUAUUGCAGAAAUAUGGGGCACUAAUGUUGUUUAUUUUUUAAAUUUAUUUUCCUAAAUCAUAUCUUUUUAAAAUGAACUCCCCCCCCCCCCAAAAAAAAGCCAUUAUUUCUUUUAGACUAAAUGUGGACAGACAUGUUACAGAGAGCCAGGCUAUUCUAGGAAUGUUGCUUUUACACUUUUUAACCUGAAAUACGUUAUCUGAAAACAUCUAGACUAUUUUCCUCUCUGUCCUCCUCCUCAUUCCCAACUAAUUAAGACAUAAUUACCUAUGGGGUUUUAUUUUUGUGAUGAAAUUCAUAACCUCUUUAAAACUUGGCAAGGUUCAAUAGCUGGGAGGGCAUUGAGUUUGCACAGUUUUCUGCAACAUUGAUCAUACAAGAGUGAAAAGUCUUUAUCUUGCUUUUUCCCUCAUUAUCUUGGCAGGACAGGAAGUAACGGACAGCAGUGCAGAGUACUAUUAAAAUAAUUUGACCUUCGCCAUAUACCCUUCAAAAUGUGAAUGGACAAUUGGACUUUAUGUUUCUAAUUGUCUACAGAUGUCCUGUCUUGUAAGUUAGAAGGAAAAACUUGUUUUAUCAUUAUGUGAAGUUCUUUAAAAAAAAUAAAUUAGGAAAGCAUUUUCCCUGCAGGUAAAUAAGUGUUUAAAUAUAGCUGAGGGGAGUCUAUUUUCUUUGAUAAGGCCAUUUAGAAAUAUAUGUUGGAAAAAUUACCUUAUAUUUAUGGAAACAGCAUACUCUUAAUUUCAUGGCUAGCUGGGGUUAAUCAACAACGUGCAAGAUGAGUGUAGUACACAGGAAAAAAAUAGAAUAAAGAUGCAUUUCAUCUCAGGAGAUUUCAUGGUGAGACUAUGCUGCCUAAAUAUAUCUGUUCUCUUUUAGCUUUCCUCUCCCACCUCUCUUUUUUUAAGAGAAAUUUUUUUUUUUAAUUAUGUCCUUAAAACUUCUGAAAAUCAUCAGUUUCACAUUGAAAAAUACGUGAUUCCCGUAAUCUGCAAAAGGGUCUUUCUCAUGCUAUCACUCACAGACUUAUAAAACAUUUUAGGUGUCAACAUAAAUUCUCCUUAGAGGUGGAAAAUAAUUCUCACUAAUUCUUCUCCCAUGACCUCCCCUCCUCUCAGCCGUCACCAACAUGACUGUGCCGGGUCCUGAGUCCAAUAAAAUGAUUUAAUUUCCUAUAUUUCUAGGGCUUACCUGUGUACCAUUUGUGUGAGGACUCUUAGAUUUUAAAAUGGUACCUCUUGCAUAUUGGUAACUUGGAAGCAAAGAAAGAUAAAACUUUCAUUGAAAGGGUUUGGUUGUUGACUUUUGUGGCUGAUGAAAUGCCAUAGUAACUGGGAAAAGGUGGCAUUUUACCUUUCAGUUCUCAUAUAUGGAAGUAUAUUCAGACAGGCAGAGUAAUUUACUGAUUCAGUGAGGGGCUAAGAGUGACUGAACAAAUCUCUGGACCUCCUAAUUAUGUAAUUACCUCCUUAGACAUUUAUGUCUCUGCAGAUGCGCUUGUCGGGUUUUUUUUUAACAUUAGGGAUGUCUUUCAUAAAAUUUUGUGUGACUUUUCUGGGCCAGAAGCAGUGCAGCAGUAGCCAGCUUGCGGGUGAUGCCGUUGAACACCUAAUGUCCUUAACCUGUCACGCGCCAGCCCCCUGCCCCACCCCCAAGUCAGACAGCUGAGUAUGGAACAGUAUGGCGGGCUGAUUCCAAUGCGUACACCCAGGCUUUACAGAUGACAGCUUCGUUUCCUUUAAUAGGAGCGAUGUUAUUCCUCUUCAUCAAGUGAUAUCCAUUUAGCGCCUUCAUGACCUUGACAGAUUGGCAAGUCACCUGAGGAAUAUGUAAAUGAGAUGAGGUUAGAGGGCAGUGAUCCACUGUGUUCCGUACAGCCUUGCUGUUACACGGAGCACAGAGGUUUCAAGGAACUGGUCAAUGGACGUCAGCUGCAAUGAGAUCACAGCCUUGCCUCAGCAGAUAGGGCAACUGAAAUCCCUACGAGAACUGAAUGUCAGAAGAAAUUACCUUAAAGUUCUACCACAAGAACUAGUAGAUCUUCCCUUGGUAAAGUUUGACUUUUCCUGCAAUAAAGUGCUCGUGAUUCCCAUUUGUUUUAGAGAGAUGAAGCAGCUGCAAGUAUUACUGCUUGAGAAUAACCCUUUGCAGUCUCCUCCAGCACAGAUUUGCACUAAGGGCAAAGUGCACAUAUUUAAGUAUCUCAGCAUCCAAGCAUGCCAGAUUAAGACAACCGACUCCCUUUAUCUCCACACCAUAGAGAGGCCACAUUUACACCAGCACGUGGAAGACGGCCAAUGCAGAUUUAUACAUCAGAGUCUCGAACACUUUUGGAAUAAAAAAGGGAAAAUUGAUGCUGUUGAUAACAUUUUGGCAGGUUUCAACUACCCUCUCCUAAUCAAGAAUCAGUCCUUCCUGAGUGCAACAUAUGGCAAGAAGGAUUCUGACUCGGGCGUUGGGAGUGAUAAUGGAGACAAGCGAUUAUCUGCCACAGAGCCUUCUGAUGAAGACACCGUUAGCCUCAACGUGCCAAUGUCAAAUAUCAUGGAAGAAGAACAACAGAUCAAGGAGGACUCCUGCCAUCGCCUUAGUCCAGUUAAAGGAGAAUUUCAUCAGGAAUUUCAACCAGCACCUUCCCUUGUGAGUGACAAUGAGAACUCAGGAGAAGAAAGAGACCGAUUUUCCCAUGGAACAGACAUUCUCCAUUCGGAAUUUAUAAACUAUAUUAAGGAAAGGACUGAGACCUGUGAAGAACUGUUACGGAUAGAAGAGGACGCACACUGGCCAUCCGGGGGGAUAAUAAGUUCAUCCAAAGACCAGGACAUGAAUAUAGCAAUGAUUGAACAGCUGAGAGAAGCAGUGGAUUUGCUGCAAGAUCCCAACAGAUUAAGCACAGAUAUUACAGAGAGAAGUGUUGUAAACUUUUACCCUGUGGACUCAGCAGAAGACUUAGAAUUACAAGACUCUGCACUAAAUGGUCAGAUACAGUUGGAGACGUCUCCAGAAUGUGAGGUGCAAAAUGAUCUAACAUUACAGAGUAAUGGGAGCAAGUAUUCUCCCAAUGAGAUGAGAGAGAACUCCCCUGCCAUCUCUCCUACCAACUCCAGCACAGCUCUGUUUGGCCUGAAGCCUCGAUCAGUGUUUCUUAGACCACAGAGAAAUUUGGAAUCUAUAGACCCACAGUUUACAAUUCGGCGGAAAAUGGAGCAGAUGAGAGAAGAAAAAGAACUGGUGGAACAGCUCCGAGAGAGCAUCGAGAUGAGACUCAAGGUCAGCCUGCACGAAGACCUGGGGGCUGCCCUCAUGGAUGGCGUCGUCCUCUGCCAUCUAGUCAACCACAUCCGCCCACGAUCCGUCGCAAGCAUCCAUGUCCCCUCACCAGCAGUCCCUAAACUUAGCAUGGCCAAAUGCAGAAGAAACGUGGAAAACUUUCUGGAAGCAUGCCGAAAAUUAGGAGUACCAGAGGCUGACCUCUGCUCUCCGUAUGACAUCCUGCAGUUGGAUUUUCGUCACAUUCGAAAGACUGUUGACACUCUGCUGGCACUCGGGGAGAAAGCCCCACAACCAACUUCUGCCCUCCGCUCCAGGGACCUUAUAAGCUUCUGUCUUGUCCAUAUUCUCUUUGUAGUGCUGAUAUAUAUCACUUACCGCUGGAAUGUUCUGUCUGCGUAAUGCCCGCGUGUGCAUCCCUACACUCUGCUCUGUCGCCCUGCUCCACGACAGGGUCCUUCCUCCCUCUGGGCCUUUGCCUUGCAAACUUCCAUCCCUGUCAUCUCUUCAGUAAUCUCUGGAGUUUUGAAGCCGAACGUUUCCACAUCAGAUUUUCCAGAAGCACAAACUUUGUAGAAAGCAGCUCCCAUUAGAUAGUUUCUCUCACUUGCUGAGAAACAGUGAGGACAGAGUGUAUCCACACCUCUUGCCUCCUCAUCCCCAUAGUGCCAGCAGCAGUGCUCUGCAGUGCCUCUUCUCUCUCCCAGUGAGCUUUGCUGCCCUGGGUAGAGCCGAAGAAGGUUCCAGAACAGGAGCAGAGGGGAUUUAGCGUAUGAAAAUCUUGCCAUUGGGUCAGUAUUUAAGUCGACUCCUAAUUCAGGAUUGGGCGAUUUAACUGUAGAGGGAAGACAGAAAGCCAGCACUGGGGGUCCAGUUUGGUCUAUAACGAUCUUUAAUAAUGCCGCUGUUGACCAAGUUGAAAAAUACCAUCUGGAGAAUGACUCCUUUGCUGGCCAGCCAGCUGGCUUCCUCCCUGCUUCCUGCAGCAGGAGCUGUGAAGGGCACCAGGGAGGGUGACCCCCCACUUCCACCCUGAGUGAGCCCCUCUGCCCUGCUGCCUGAGACAGGGCUGUGCAGAAGGGCGCUGGGGAGGAAGGAUCCGGCGCAGUCAGAGUGCCCCCUGGAGGAUCCACGGCACACCACUCUUUCUGCGUAGUUCUAUUUAUUCCUUCUUUGGUCUACUCUGACCGAGGCUCUUAGAAAAGCAUUUUCCAAAAAGGGUUUCUAUUUUUAAAUAAUGUAAUGGGUCAUUUCGCUUUUUUUUUUUUUUUUUUUU